AUGUCCAAGACAUCUACCAAGGGUGCCGAUAAGGCCACCAAGGUCAGCAAGACCUUGAACAAGGUCAAGGAUGCCGGUGUCACCAAGGCUUCCCAGUCCCCUGCCGCCAAGAGCAAGGCCGUUGCCAGCAAGGUCGCCGCCAAGGAGAAGGCCUCCAAGAAGUCCAAGAAGAAGGAGCCUACCCCCAGCUCCUCCUCCGAAUCCGAGUCCGAGUCCGAUGAGGAUAUGAAGGAUGCUUCCUCCAGCUCCGAGUCCGAGUCUGAGUCCGAGGAUGAGAAGCCCGCCCCCAAGAAGGCUGAGAAGAAGGUUGCUGCUAAGGCUGAGUCUUCCGACUCUUCCGACUCUGACUCUUCUUCCGAGUCCGAGGAGGAGAAGCCCGCUCCCAAGAAGGCCGAGAAGAAGGUUGCUGCUAAGGCUGAGUCUUCCGACUCUUCCGACUCUUCCGACUCUGACUCUGAGUCCGAGGAGGAGAAGCCCACUCCCAAGAAGGCCGAGAAGAAGGCCGAGUCUUCCGACUCUGACUCUGACUCUUCUGAGUCUGAGUCCGAGGCCAAGAAGGCUUCCUCCGACUCUGAGUCUGGUUCCGACUCUGACAGCUCUGACUCUGACUCCGACUCCGAGGAGACCCCUGUCUCCAAGAAGCGCAAGGCCGAUGAGGAGCCUGCCGCCGCUGCCAAGAAGUCCAAGACCGAUGAUCUUCCCGAGGGUGCUGUUGCCAACCUCUUCAUCGGUAACCUGUCCUGGAACGUCGAUGAGGAGUGGCUCCAGCGUGAGUUCGCCGAGUUCGGUGAGCUCAACGGUGUCCGCAUUGUCACUGACCGUGAGACUGGCCGCUCCCGUGGAUUCGGCUACGUUGAGUACACCAACGCCGCCGAUGCCGUCAAGGCCAUGGAUGCUAAGAAGGGUACCGAUCUUGAUGGUCGCACCAUCAACCUCGACUACGCCGCUCCCCGUCAGGCCAACCCCCCUGCCGACCGCUCCCAGGAUCGUGCUCGCUCCUACGGUGACUCCACCAGCCCCGAGAGCGACACUCUCUUCGUUGGCAACCUUCCCUUCAGCGCCACUGAGGAUGCUCUCCACGAGGUCUUCGGUGCCCAGGGUUCCAUUCUUGGAAUCCGUCUCCCCACUGAGCAGGAGACCGGCCGCCCCAAGGGCUUCGGUUACGUUCAGUUCUCUUCCAUUGAUGAGGCCAAGGCUGCUCACGCUGCCCUCAACGGCCACGAGCUCGAGGGCCGCUCUAUCCGUCUUGACUUCUCUACUCCCCGCCCUGCCGGUGGUGACCGCGGUGGCUUCGGUGGUCGUGGCCGCGGUGGCGGUGGUGGUUUCGGUGGACGCGGCGGUGGUGGUCGCGGUGGUGGCCGUGGUGGCUUCGGUGACCGUGGCGGCCGUGGUGGUGGUCGUGGUGGCUUCGGCGACCGUGGCGGCCGCGGUGGCCUCAACAAGGGCAAGGGUUCCAUCCCUGAGUACAAGGGUACCAAGGUUACCUUCUGA